UGAAUGGCGUCGUGUUAUGUUAAGGAAAGUGAAUAUGAUCUGCUCCUACACUGUGUACUCAUAUUUUCGUUUACACAUUCUUCAUCGUUUGCAGCUGAAGGUAACUAUAGAAUUAUUUUAAGUUAUUUUCAUUGAAUAUUUUUCUUGAUCUUAAUGAGUUUCAUUAAAAUUAAAAAAAUUAACAUAUAUGUAUUAUUAUUGAAUUAAAACUAAUUUAAAUUAUAUACUUUCAACUUGCAUGAUAUAAACAAACCUUGUCACAUGGGCAAGGUAUAAGGUUAACUUUUAAACAUUUUGAUAUAUUAAUUUACUUCAAAAUCAAAAUGCAUUAUAUACUAUAUAACUCAAUAUUUUAUAAUAUUAUAAUAUCUACUAAAUAAUUGAUGGCAAAUAAUUUUUUUCCUAUUUUGUAGUAACGUUUGUUAUGUAAUUUAAUAAAUUAAUCUUGUUUGAUUUUAUUAGCUAAUAUAAUAAUAAGAACAUAUUUCUAUUAAUUAGUAAAUAUCGUUAGUUACCCAGCAAAACUUCGCAAGUAAAUUAUAAUACAUUUUACCAAACUAUUACCUGUUACUGUUAUUUUAAUAAUUAAAAAAACUUAAAAAUUACUACACCAAUUUGAUAAGAAAUGGUACAAUAAAUAUCGUUUCCUUAGAAUUUCAGAAAUUUAGAAAUCUUCAAUAGAGUGAGAUUUCUGGUAGAAAAGUUGUACACAGACACGAAAAAAGAACUUUCAAUGUUUUGCUGGGUUGUUGACGAUAUGCUAUAUUAUUAGGACACAGAUUAUCUGGGAUAAGAAAAACUAGAAUUACAAAAUUUGAAACUCCUUUUUUUCUUCUUGCAUAAAUUAAUCGUUAUGUACACUGGCUAUAUUAUUACAUACUAUUAAUAUUGAUAUUAAAACAACCAAAUUGUAAUAUAAUAUACUUCAUUUAACCAUGUUUAAUCUAAAAUGGUGUAGACAUAUUACAAAUUACUGUCUUUUAAUUAAAUUUAUUGAAUAUCAAUUUAUAAAAUGUUUAUCAGCAGAAUUUUAAUCUGAACAUUUUAGAAACCUUGUAUAUAAAUAUCUUGAGCAAAUAUUUGAAAAAAAUAUGGAUUAUUAAAACCUGAUAGCCACACCUGGUUGUUACUGUAUUAUUAUCUAUGGUGGUAUCUAGUCAUCAUCACUUAUUAUAUGUUCUACUUUUUUAUGGUUGGUUGUAAAAUUUUGGGUUUAUUAUGUACUCUCGUGAACUUGUGCUUAUGUGAAGACUGGUUUAUGGUAUUUAUUUUUAAUUAGGACAACAAUAAAAUUGAACAAACAAAUUUUGCAUUUUAUUUAUAUGCCAUAUUAAUAUAAUUUGUUCAUUCUAAUUAUUAAUUAAUCUACUUAUAUCUAAAAAAUGACUUAAUUUUUUUAAAAAAAAGUUCAUACUGCAUUUUUAAAACAAUAAUUCACUUUUUACAUUUAUUAUAUAAGUACUUUAUUUCCUUAGAAUAUUCAAUAAAACAUACCAAGUGUUCAGAUUACAAUUAAAAUAUAUAGAUCCUUUAUUUAAAAGUAAUAAGUAAAGAGUGGAUAUUAAUAUAUUUGCAUAUUUUUUCUUUAAUAGUAAAAGUUGCAGAGUAGGAUUAAAACCUUCUUGUUGAAACUUUUACAAUACAUACUUAUAUUCUUUAUGUUAUGUAUUUCAAAUUAUUGCUUUAAUAGGUUUUUAUACAUUAUAGCAGUGGUUCUUAACCUUUUGUAGAACACAGACCCCGAUGAAAGAUUUUUAGAAAUCGCGGACCCCCCACCAAUUUUUUGUCUAAUACCUUUUUUUUUACAAAACAUCUCAUGUUAUCCUAACUAAAAUUAUAAUAAUUAUUUUAUGUUGCAAAUUAUAGAUACAUUUUUGUAUUUGUAUCUUACAUAACACAGUAAUACUGAUUUAUUAGUUAUAUCGGUACUUUCAUCAAGUUGGAGACUAAAAUCUUAUACUUUUAUUAAUUCUUCUCAACAACUGUUCUUUAAUAUUUCCUGAUAAACCAUCAAUUCGUUUUUUAUUGUAUCAUUUGACAAUGCAAUUUUAUUUAAGCUAUUUGCAGCUUCUUACUCUUUUCAUCAUCAAUGUCAGAAUUUUUUUUUUUUUUAAAUUGGCCAACAUUCCAUUUUAACUUAAAUAUUUUUCUACGAUGAUUUGAGUUAUAUCACGUAUUAAUCCUAAAUUAUGUAGGCAUAAAACUAUAAUUGAAUACAAUCAGUCAACUGCACUUAUUGGUGGUAAAUUUACAACUGCCGACUAAAGUGAUGUAAGCCUGUACAAUUUGUAUGAACAAGAAAAACUAAUAUAUAAAUAUUAAUAAUAAAAUUAAAAAAAAUAAAAAUAAAACAAUAAUCCAAAAAUAUCGUAAUAAUUCACUCAUGUCACAUAUUGACUUAUGUAAUGUGUUAAGACUGCCGUGGACCACAGGUUAAGAACCGCUGUGUUAAAGUAUAUAGAGCAUAUUCAAUGUAUUUAGGUUCUUUUUAUAAUAUUUAACAUGGAACUAUUACAUUGGCUAUUUUAAAAAUAAUUUUACUGGAUUAUAUAAUUGUUCCACAUUAAAUCAACUUUAAAAUAACAAAAAAUUGGUGAGUGAUAACAUGUGCGGAGAUACCAUUCAUUGAUUAAAACUCCGUUGACAGAGUAAAAGAUAUUUUAAUCAAAUUAAAAGGUCUAUUUAGUAUAUAUACCAGUAUAUUUUUUAGCGAUUUGGGUAAAUUUUCGGAGAGAUUCUCAGAAGAUAGUUUUGAAAAAAGAGGAUUAAGAUUUUUUUGGAAAUGUACAGAAGUACACCAAGGAUAGCAUUAAAAGCUCGUGAUCGGAAUACUUGGAUUGUCUUGGUAUUAGAUAUUUGGUUUUGGUGUUUACAACGCUACAUAUAUAUUUGAGAUAAUUUUGGGUUUUUUUAAUUUAAGCUUACAGGAUAAAAUAAAUAUAUUUUAGUUUUAUUACAAAAAUAUUAAGGUACUAUGCAAUUAUUUUUUUCAGGUUUUUAGUUAAUCUACUUGUAUAAUGGCCAAGUCAAAGAAUCAUACUAAUCAUAAUCAAAGUAAGAGGUUCAGUUUAUAAAUUAUUCGACAUAAUAAUCAAAAUUUGUAUUAUUAUUACUAUAGAUCGUAAGGACCAUCGUAAUGGAAUUAAGAGGCCGAAGAAAUUCAGACAUGAAUCCCGCCGUGGUGUAAGUUAACUUGAAAUGUAUAUAUUUAAUUUUAUUUAAUACUUGUUAUUAAUUACACUACAGGUUUGCCAAAAGUUCUUAAGGAACCAAAAAUAUGCUUUGAAGGGAAAUAUUUGUACUAAAGAGCAAAUUCUUCGAGCGACAACCCGAAAAGAUAAAAAAACAAAGUUGAUGGCCAAGUUUACCGAACUUAAAAUGAGAAAGAAGGCAGCAGCACCCAAAAUUGUAUAAUUUUGAUUUGUAAGAAAAUAACAUCAAUAUGAUUGUUUCCUUUUCGUUUUAUUUA